UACGCCAAACUCUCUAAGUGUGAGUUUUGGCUACGGAGCGUGAAUUUUCUAGGCCACGUGGUUAGCCAAGACGGAAUUCAUGUGGACCCCUCUAAGGUCAAGGCUGUGGAGGGAUGGGCAACUCCGACUACGCCCACAGAAAUUCGUCAGUUCUUAGGCCUAGCAGGCUACUAUAGGAGGUUCAUCCAGAACUUCUCUAAGAUCGCCAAGCCGCUUACCUUGCUUACGCAAAAGGGCGUGCCGUUCAAGUGGACCGACCGACAAGAGAUUGCGUUUCGAACCUUGAAGCAAGCUCUCUGUAGCGCUCCUGUACUAUCUCUACCCGAAGGAACGGAAGAUUUUGUAGUCUAUUGUGACGCGUCAAAUCAAGGCUUAGGUUGCGUUCUCAUGCAACGUGGAAGAGUGAUAGCAUAUGCGUCCCGCCAACUAAAGACGCACGAAGUAAAUUACACGACCCACGACCUAGAACUGGGAGCCGUGGUCUUCGCUCUGAAAAUUUGGAGGCACUACCUAUACGGUACAAAGUGCACCAUCUUCACGGACCACAAGAGCCUCCAGCACAUCUUGAAUCAGAAGGAGCUGAACAUGAGACAACGAAGAUGGGUGGAAUUGUUAAACGACUAUGAAUGCGAGAUCAAGUACCAUCCAGGCAAGGCCAACGUAGUAGCCGAUGCCUUAAGUUGGGUCCCAAAAAUCAGAGGAUUUAGGGAAACCGUUAUGAAGGAAGCCCACAAGACACGAUACUCCAUUCAUCCCGGUUCGGACAAGAUGUAUUUGGACAUCAAGCAACACUAUUGGUGGCCUAACAUGAAGGCGGAAAUCGCGACUUAUGUUGGUAAGUGCCUUACGUGCGCCAAAGUGAAAGUGGAGUACCAGAAACCUUCCGGAUUGUUACAGCAACCGGCAAUUCCCGAGUGGAAAUGGGAAGGGAUUUCUAUGGAUUUCGUGACCAAGCUGCCCAAGACGUCGGACGGAUUAGACACCAUAUGGGUAAUAAUCGACCGACUAACGAAAUCUGCCCAUUUCCUGCCAAUCAAAGAGUCCUACAAGAUGGAGAGAUUGACACGGUUGUACCUACGAGAGAUCGUAAGACUCCAUGGAGUGCCAAAAUCUAUUAUCUCGGAUAGGGACAGUAGAUUCACGUCGCGGUUUUGGCAAUCACUCCACAAGGCAAUGGGGACUCAUCUCGAUAUGAGCACCGCAUAUCACCCACAAACGGACGGUCAGAGCGAACGAACCAUCCAGACGCUCGAGGACAUGCUUCGUGCAUGUGUGAUAGACUUUGGAAAGUCUUGGGAUACACACCUGCCGUUGAUCGAAUUCUCAUAUAACAAUAGUUAUCAUUCGAGCAUCAAGGUGGCCCCUUUCGAAGCACUGUACGGGCGUAAAUGUAGAUCACCGUUAUGUUGGGCUGAAGUAGGUGACACCCAGCUAGCAAGAACGCAUACGUCGAAUAGGGCAAUAACAGGACCGGAAAUCAUUCGCGAGACCACAGAAAAGAUUGUCCAGAUCAAAGCUCGAUUACAAGCAUCGCGUGACCGACAAAAGAGCUACGCAGACAAACGACGAAAGCCCUUAGAAUUCCAGGUCGGUGAUCGAGUAUUGUUGAAAGUCUCACCCUGGAAAGGGGUUAUACGUUUCGGAAAGCGGGGAAAGCUGAACCCGCGAUACAUUGGACCUUUCGAAAUCGUCGCCCGAAUAGGUCCGGUAGCCUACGGGCAUCCAAAGGCGACUUCAUUGAAAACAAUUCCACUGCCUUUUCUAGAUCUUUGUGUACGUUCUUUUGAUGGAAAUAGUUCCACUGGUAAUUUCAAGUGUUACUCAAUCCAAACAUCAUCAGGAGCUGGAUCAUCUUCGUGUCAUGUUCCACCACUUCAGAUUACGAACACCCCUUUUGUUCCAAUAAAUGAUGAUGAUGAUGACUACACUUCCCAUCAUGCUAGUGAGCCUUUUUGUGAUCCGCCACCUUCUGCUGCUUCACCCUUUGGUAACCCCAACAAAAGGGCUAAACCCUCAACUCCUAGAGCUCCUAGUGCCUCACUCGACGAACCUUUUAUUACUGCUGACGAUUUAGCAUUUGAAAUGAAAAAAUCUCUACAACAUUUGACUAAAGUGUAUACAAUUCCUCAAUGUUUAUAG